GGAGAGGUUUCCCGCCCGAGAUUUCUUCAUAAGGUGGAGAAAGAGGGGCGACCCACAGAGCCUGUCUGCCCGUCCGGUCUCUUGAAUCCCGCGUUCCGCUAGCUAGCUUCCUGAAUCCUGAGGAUGGCGAGGUCAUGGCUCAUAACUAGUAGGGGAAUUGCAAAGAAAAUAAAAAAUGCCACUCAUUUCUCUACUUAUCAAUUCAAUGAUUCCUGGGUGGAUGCAAAUCUUGAAUGCCCCAACUGCAAGCACCUUAUCGACAACAGCGAUGUUACUUUAGAAUGGCCCGGACUUCCAGCUGGUGUUAAGUUUGAUCCAUCGGAUCUGGAACUACUAGAGCAUUUAGAAGGAAAGGUUGGUUCGGGAAACUCAAAGCCUCAUAUGUUCAUUGACGAAUUUAUUCCAACCCUAGAGGAGAACGAAGGAAUUUGCUAUACACAUCCUGAGAAUCUUCCUGGAAUCAAGAACGACGGAAGCAACAUUUAUUUUUUUCACAGGAUAUCCAAUGCAUAUGCUACUGGUUGUCGCAAGCGUCGGAAAAUCAGCAGAAACAACAAUAGUUCCUCUGAGGAGCAUGUGAGAUGGCAUAAGACCGGGAAGACCAAAUCCAUUCUUGAGAACGGAGUUCGAAAAGGUUGGAAGAAAAUAAUGGUUCUGUACAAAGGUUCGAAAAGAGGCUGCAAACCAGACAAGGCUAAUUGGGUGAUGCAUCAAUAUCAUCUCGGGGCUGAAGAAGAUGAGAAGGACGGUGAACUUGUUGUUUCUAAGAUAUUUUACCAACUACACACGAAGCAAACUGAGAGGCUUGACAUGGACUCAGUCGAGGAAGAAUCUAAUGUGUUUGCUCUCAGAGUAAGCCCUAGAACCCCCAAGACUAAUACUCCGCAGCCACCACGCUCGAAAAAGAAGAAUCAGGGUGGAGUCGAUGAGGACGAUGUUCGGCAAUUGCAGGAUGAGGAGGAACAAUAUCGAGAAGAACACGCUGCGCCUAUUUUGGACUUGAAGAAAAAAGGUGAAAGUGCUGCAUGGUGGUCAUGUGAAUCUCAAGCUGUUGAGGAUCCGAGAUCUCUGGAUGAGUCGUUGCUGUGCCACGAGGUCCUCGACUCUUUCCCUCUUGAAGCGUCGCUGCACUUUGACUACCCAAAUCUAGAUCGGGCCAUGAAUGGGACUCUUGAUCCGUACGCAGGCACAGCAUUUGGCUCAUUUGAUCUCGACAGCAUUGAAAUUGGCACGCCUCCCGAUUUUCAGCUUGCUGAUUUUCAAUUUGGUUCGCAAGAAAGCAUCACAAGUUGGCUUGAUAGAUUUUAGUAUGAAAAGUGGGGGGACAGUGCUUCAGGAGGUUUCAUUAUAUAUAUACGGCGCAGCUUCGAGGAGGGGGGGGGCGUACUUGCGUAGUGACAAGUUGAUUGUAUUUUACAGAAGGCCGAGAUAUUCAAGAUAGUAAUGGGAUUAUCAUCUAAUAUUUUAUCGAUUCUCAAGUGUGGUUUUUUUUUUUUUUUUUUUUGGGAGAAUUUGUUUUGGGAGGCUAGAAAACAUUUCGUUUCUGGAAGCCUCCGUAGCAGUGUAGCCUCUCUAUCUAUUCUCUCUUUCUACAGGUGAGAGUAAACACUACAAAUAUCCUUGUAUAUUUUAUGUUAGUGAUCAAUGGAUAUAUUCGGCACGGAAGAUUGGACUAACUACCGGAUAAUGCCGAUGUUUUUGUUUUGAAAAUCGAGUCGGACAAUACCCGAAAAUAUUACUGGAUCAA